UGAGCUCGGCACGGCCCACUGCGUAGUCUUGCAGGUUGAAGAAUACAACUGAAACUUUUCUUAUUUCCUUCUGUUUUUUUGGUCCUUACUUUCGGCCAAAAUGUCUGAACUCGAAGAACAUGAUUUUGAGCUGACAGAAGAGCAACUUGGAGAUCUGAAAGAGAGUUUUGAUGAGUUCGAUGUCGACCACAAUGGGCACAUUACCGUCAAAGAGUUAGGAGCUGUAUUCAGUGCUGCUGGUGCCGAGGUACCGGGGUAUAAAGUCCGAGAAGUGAUCUCUGAGUAUGACAAAGAUCAAAAUGGUACCAUCGAGUUCGACGAAUUUGUUGCGAUGUUCAAGAAGGUGACCGAUAAGUAUCGUGGCGCCAUAUUCAAAUCAUUACUAUCUACCAAUAUGGGUGUCAAGCAUUCUGGGGGGACAUCAGAAAGUUCUGCUGAAGGAACAAAACACUCGCAUUCCAAGGAAGAGCAAGUUGCAUUUGCAGAUUGGAUCAAUAGCUCACUGAAGGACGAUGAGAGUGUCCAUAAAUACCUGCCUAUUGAUGCAUCAGAGGACUCCUCUGACCUUUAUGAAAAAGUAAAAGAUGGAAUCUUGCUAUGCAAAAUGAUUAACCUGUCAGCGCCUGGCACUAUUGAUGAACGUGUCAUCAACAAGCCGCCCUUGAAAGUGUUUACUAUUCAUGAGAACCAAACACUUGUCAUAAACUCAGCCCUGGCCAUUGGCUGCAAUCUUGUGAAUAUUGGAGCAGGUGACUUAGCCGAGGGAAAGAAGCAUUUGGUGCUAGGAGUUCUAUGGCAAGUUAUCAGGAUUGGGCUUUUCUCAAAGAUCACACUCACCAAUGUCCCUGGUCUUGCUCGACUUUUGCAAGAAGGAGAAACAAUUGAGGGUCUUCACCAUCUCUCUCCUGAAGAACUGCUUCUCCGUUGGGUGAACUUCCACCUUGGCAAAUAUUAUGAUGGCCAAAACUACCCUCCAGAUGAUAGCCGGCGUAAGGUUGUGCACAAUUUUUCUGAUGACAUUAAAGAUUCUGAGGCUUAUAGUAUUUUACUUUACCAAAUUGCUCCACAAUCCAGUGGGGUUGAUCACCCACAAUCCUACUACUCAACCACAGACAAUUCUAAGAAAGCUGAAAAGAUGCUUAGAAAUGCAGAAAAAAUUGGCUGCAGGAAAUUUGUUAGAGCCAAGGACGUGGUUUCUGGAAAUCAGAAACUAAACAUGGCAUUUGUAGCCAACUUGUUCAGCACAUUCCCUAACCUGCCAGAACUGGAUGAUGAUGAAGGCAAGGAAGUGGGCCUGGAUGAAGAAUACCAAGAAGAAACUAGAGAAGAGCUAACUUAUCGCAACUGGAUUAACAGUAUGGGAUGUGGCCGAUAUGUUAACUGGUUAUAUAGUGACUUCUUUGAUGGAAUAAUUCUUUUUAAGAUGUUUGAGCACAUAAGACCUGGUUGUGUUGACUGGGAAAAGAAAGUGAACCCUGAGGGGAAAUGUAAAAAUGCAAGAAUGGGAGGAAAGGUGAAGUGCAUUGAGAACUGCAACUAUGCUGUCGACCUUGGCAAGCAAUUCAACUUCAGCUUGAUUGGCAUCCAAGGACAAGAUAUUCAUGAAGGGGUUCAAAACCUGACUCUGGGGUUGAUAUGGCAGAUGAUGCGUGCCUACACAUACACCCUACUUGCUCGCCUAUCACCAGAUGAUGAUCACAUGACAGAAGAGAAGAUUGUUGAGUGGGUCAAUAAAACUUUACAAAGCAAGAAGAAGACACACUUGAUUAAUAAGGGUCACGGUUUCAAAGACCCUGACAUUAGCACUAGUCUGGCCGUGCUUGAUCUAAUUGACUGCAUUUCCCCGAAGAUGAUCAACCCUGCACUGAUAAACCCAGACCCUCUCUCUGACGAGGACAAGCUGCCGAACGCACAGUACGCCAUCAGCAUGGCACGUAAAAUUGGCGCUGUGGUUUACGCGUUGCCUGAAGACUUGGUAGAAGUUAAGCCUAAGAUGGUACUGACAGUGUUUGCCAGUCUCAUGCUCUGCGCCCUAGAGAAAUCUUCAAAGAAUAAGAAAGGCAAGAAGUAAAUCAAGUAGACACACGUGUGGCAUGCUAACACCCCGCAACUGGGAGCUCUCAUUAACUUGAAUUCCCCUUGGACAAUGAGGGGUCUAUUAAAUCCACGGCAUUGCACGUUAUCAGCCUACUGCACUUAUACAUAGCCCACCAACAAGACAUCGAAACAGUAUGAUCACCAACCUUCAAGGCAUCGGAGUAGUUGUACCAAUUCACAAGGCAUGGAUUAGUUGCACCAACCCACAAGUCAUGGAGUAGCUGCACUAACCCACAAGACAUGGAUUAGUUGACCAACCCACAAGACAUGAACUAGUUGCACCAACCCACAAGACAUGGAUUAGUUGACCAAUUCACAAGUCAUGGACUAGUUGCACCAACCAACAAGGCAUGGAUUAGUCAACCAACCGACAAGACAUGAAGCAGCUGCACAAACCCACAAGACAUGAACUAGUUGCACCAGCCCAUGAAGUAGUUACUCCUACCCACAAGGCAUUGACUAGUUGUACCAACCCACAAGGCAUGGACUAGUUGUACCAGCCCCUGAAGUAGUUACUCCUACCCACAAGGCAUGGACUAGUUGUACCAGGCCAAGAGUAGAUUGCUAUUUUUUUUAAGCUUUAUCACUCAAAAGCUUUGAUUACCAGGUUUAUUCAGUGUUAACCUUGGUUAUAAACGGGGCCAGCUUCUAGAAUGAUAGCAAAUAAAAUAAUAAUAGUACAAUGAUAAACUGAUAAAAAGUUGAUAGAUGUCAAAUUGCUAUUCUAGGUUGAACGCUGGUGAUGAUCUGUCCUUCUCUGGGAUGUAAUCACAUGAUGCCACAUUCUCGUGCACAAUAAUUAUGGCCGUGUCUUUGACAUGAUCAUUUUUUCUGCUAUGUCAAGAUCAGUUAAAUGUAGAGUCGUUUCACUUUGAUAUUAGGUGCUAAUAUAUUCAUUUGCCUGCGUAUAAGAAAACAUUUACAUAUUGUUCAUGAGAAAUAGGGAAGCAUGCUUGAGAGUUGUAUAUUUCCUUUUUUUUUUCUCGCGCGUUUUCCUAUAAAUCCCACUGUCACACAAGGGGCUAUUUGUGUACUUACGGUAAGAAUACACACGUACUCUAUUCACGAGGUGUUUAGUGGUUUACGGUUAUGACAACGAAAUUUUCAGAACCCUUAGCAUAGUAUUUUCUGCCUCUUUUCUAGAAGAAUAAUCUUUUAAGCAAGGAAAUAUUUUCAAAUAAUGGGUCGUACUUUAUUAACAAUGUUGUAAACAAUUUGUAGAAAGCCACAAAAAGAGCAAUAAAAUAGUUCAAAUAAA